AUGCAUGUUGAAUUAAUGAACUUGGAGAAUGCUGGUCUCCAGGACCGUGUUAUAGAUUUGGAAAAACGAAGUGCUGAACAAGCCAAUGAACUAGCUUGUCUAAGAAGCUCUUUGGCUGAUUGCCUACGUCGCUUAAAUCUUUUGGAAAGUGCUAGAGGCUCCAAUGUGACUAAAACUAAUUCACGUACUGACUCAUCCUAUUCAUCAAGACGACAUACAAAUUCUCGUAAUCCUACUUCUACUGGACAUCAAUCGAAAAAUUCACGUGACAGUUCAUUAGUUGUUCCACAUUCUACAACAACGAGUACAACAGCAAGAACUCGUUUAAAAAGUCCUCAAAGUGUUCGAUUAAGUUCAUCAUCAACUACUUUAAAUAAUCAAGCGGUUGGUGUUAGCGGUGGAACAAAUCAAACAAGACGAAAUCGGAUUACUAGCGCUAGUUCAGAGGAUAGACAAUUUAAUAAUUUCAAUAAUAAUAAACAUGAAGGUGACAAUAAAACUUUAUCUAUGUAUGAAUAUAAUGAUAUGAUAAUGUCACGACAAAGUGAACCCAUUACUUACCAACAAAAAUCAUCCACUUUAAAAUCGAAUACAUCUUCACGAUAUUAUGAAGCUUCUAAUGGACCAUCUGGUUACACAGUAUUUUGGAGAUCAGCUUAUGAUGGUGAAUUAGAUGAUAUAUAUCGAAUGAAUCAGUGUCAAAGUCCUACAAGUCAACAACACCAACAACAUUCUGUAUCUAUGUCUUCAUCAUUUCGGAAAAAUCAUACAGUUGCUCCACCUCCACCACCACCACCACCACCUGCUCUCCCACCAUCAUCUUUAUGUAUACCGCCAAAUCUUGUUCGUCGUGGUCGUCCAUCCUCUGGACCAUCUUCUUCAAUAUAUCAUUGUGCUAAUGAUUCAGAUGAUCGUUCUGUACAUUUAACAUCAACUGGUCGUUCUCUUCAUCCUACUGCUUGGAAACCUGGUGGAGUAGCAAUAUGUCCUACAAAUCGAGAAACGAUUCCAUCAGUGAAUAAACCAUCAUGUAUACCCAAAUUUCAUGAUGAUGACUCCAAGGAAACUACUUAUUUACCAGGUGAUGGAAUUCUACGAUUUUAUAUUCGUGGACGUCCAGUCAAUGUUUAUAUGCCUACGCAAAUUAUGCAUAAUUAUGAUUUGUCAAUUCCAUUGAAAGCACCGGAUACGACGUUGAAACUGGAAUGGAUUUAUGGUUAUCGUGGGCGAGACUGUCGAAAUAAUUUACAUUAUCUUCCAACUGGAGAGUUGAUUUAUUUUGUUGCAGCUGUUGUAGUAUUGUAUAAUAUUGAAGAGCAAUGUCAAAGACAUUAUUUGGAACAUACUGAUGAUGUAAAAUGCAUUGCUAUCCAUCCUGAUCGUAUUACUGUGGCUACUGGUCAGUCUGCAGGACAUGAUAAACAGUUUGGAAAACCACAUGUACGAAUUUGGAGUUCAGUCGAUUUGAAAACACUGAAAAUUAUUGGUUUAGGCGAAUUUGACCGUUCAGUAUGUUGUUUGUCCUUUUCAAAACGGAUAGCGGAGUUAAAUUAUAAAAGUCGCAAAAUAACGGAAACUAAAUGUUCCACAGAACCAAUAACAGCUGUUGAAUUUCAUCCAUUAGAUGAUGCAACCCUUGUAACUGGUGGUAAAGGUCAUUUAGCAUUUUGGACAUUUGAUGGAUGUACACUAAGUAAAAAGAUGGGAAUAUUUGAAAAUGGUAAACAGCCAAUCGAUAAACCGAAAUUUAUACUUUGUUUAACAUUUGCUGAAAAUGGUGAUCUACUGACUGGUGAUUCUGCUGGGAAUAUUAUUGCAUGGAAACGAGGUACAAAUACAGUGAAUCAAAUAUGUCAAGGUGUACAUGAAGGCGGUAUAUUUUCAUUAUGUUUAACAAAUAAUGGACAUCUUAUAUCUGGUGGUGGGAAAGAUCGUCGUUUAGUAUUCUUUGAUGCAGCUCUUAAUCCAACUGGUCAUACUGAAGAAUUAACUGAAUUAUAUGGUGCUGUAAGAACUAUUACACAAGGUCCUGGAGAAUUAUUAAUUAUUGGCACAACAAAGAAUAUGAUACUACAGGCUGGUCCUGGUAUGGAAAUAAGUCCUUUAAUGUUUGGUCAUUCUGAAGAAUUUUGGAGUCUUGCUAAACAUCCACAAGCUCAUCAAUUUUUAACUGGUGGACGUGAUCAUUUAGUAAUUCUAUGGGAUUCAUUAUCAAAACAAGCUAUUUGGUCAAAAGAAUUCACUGAUGCUAUACAUUGUGCUGCAUUCUAUCCACUUCAAUCAGUUUUAAUAACAAAUGGGACUAUGAGUCCAGUUAAUAAUAAUGAUAAUAAUAUUAAUGAUAAUAAUAUAAUUGAUGAAACAAAUAAUUUAGAUUUCAAUGUAUCAAUGAUGAAUUCACAUGAUUUAUUAGUAGUAUUAGGCACAAGUACAGGACGUUGGUUAGUAUUCAAUUGUUUAAAACAAGAAAUAAUUGCUGCACAUUCCGAUGGACUUGGUGAACAGAUCGAAUGUGUUGCAUAUUCACCUGAUGGAAAUUAUUUAGCUCUUGGUUCACGAGAUAAUGUUAUUUAUGUAUAUAAUGUAUGGGCGAUUUUACGUUCUGUAUCAGGAGAUUAUGAAAUACUGUUCUGGACCGCAUUUGAUUGUAGACAAGUUGUCUCACCUAGUACACUACGUGAUUUAGAAUGGGCUAGUCAAACAUGUACACUUGGUUGGGAAGUAGCUGGAAUUUGGCCAUCUGAUUCAGAUGGUACUGAUGUUAAUGCUUGUGAUCAUAGUCCAACUGCUGAUAUUUUAGCUACUGGAGAUGAUUAUGGAAAAGUUAAACUAUUCAAAUAUCCAACUAAUAAACCAAAGGCUGAAUUUCGUGCUUAUAAUGGUCAUUCAAGUCAUGUGACAAAUGUAACAUUUUUAUAUGAUGGAUCUAGAUUAAUAUCUAUUGGGGGCAAAGAUACAGCUGUAUUACAAUGGGAAUAUUGUUCAUAG